AUGAACACUGAAGCAAAUAUUACAGCGUUAAACAUUGUAAAUUGUACGAGUACAAAUGACAGUAUUACAAUUGUAAACGGUUUUCCUGCCGAUGAUUCAGUUUUACUCAGUCUGGUUGCAGAGGAUAUAUAUGGUUUACCAAUUUUUACAUCGUUGCAUUUAUAUUUUGGUAAUAUAUCGAUGCCAGUUCGUGUCUUCUUUACUAAUGGAACUGUAGCGUCUGGUGUCUCUGUUCAAAUAAAUAUUACAGAUAAUGCUCGAAUUAGUCAACACGGUAUUACGAACGAUUCUGGCGUCGUUGUUUUUCAAAGUAUACCACCGACAACUAUUUCGCUGUUUGCUCAUACAGUCGAUAACCAAAUUGGCUUAGCUGGUGUGUCACCAUCUUCUUCUGAACUACAUGUAACAUUAAUACCACUUGUGAGUGGUCAUGACAUUAGAAAACGACAACAAACCGCUGAUAAUAAUAAGUGGCUAAGCGUUGAUACACAUGAGUUUUAUGAUUUACAGACGCAGACUGCUUCUUUUACAAGUGUAGCAAAUGCAACCCAGGUUUACGCUGAAUAUCAAUUUGUUACAACAGAAGUACCCGGUGGUUAUUUCGGUUCACAAUUUAAUGAUUACUUCAGUGUAACACUCCGUUCCAGUACGGGAAAUUAUAAGACAGUAUCACAAAGUAUGAAUAGUCUUGGUCUGGGUGCUUUUGACUAUGCAUCGGGAGCAACAAACUGGAUGAACUUGACGAUGCUCGUUGGUCCACAACCUGAACAGAUUCAUAUUGUCAUGGGCGUUUCUAACGUUGCCGAUGGGCUAUAUCCAUCACAGCUUAAUGUUGAUAAGUAUGGAUCUGAUACAUGCAACAGCACUUGUAAUAAAGACUGCAACAACCAAUGUACAUCAGAUCCAAUGUGUUCAUCGACAUGUCUAAAUCCACCAAUGAGAAGUUGCCUAUUCUAUACGAACUGUAUGGAAGCAAAGACAGCAUGCAGUUCAGACGGUUAUGCUCUCGGUUACGGUUUAAAAUACUGUACAAAAUUUGAUCAUAGUGCAAACUCUUUCAGUUCUAAAGGGCAGACUUGGCUUUAUUCGGCAAUGAACUGUUUACAGAAAGCUCUAAUAUCGCCACUAAAAAACUGCGAAAAGAAUUGUCAAACACUGAAAAAAAUAGCCUUUGACUCGCAUCCAUCGUGUUAUGUUGAUAAUGGUGUGUGUGAGUUACCGCCAAUGGACUGGCUGAUGUUAUUGCCGAUUAUCAAUGAAGAUUUGUGGACUAUAGAUGGCUUUAAGCAAGCUAUCAAGACAGUACCACAAUGUGUUCCUACUAUGAUUACUCGUUUCGAAGCUGCAGUAAGUGAAACAUUGGAUUCUUCUAUAGCAACUGCACUUUUAAUUAUUCGUAAAUGGUUGCAAACUCUAUGA